AUGGCCUCUUUUGACAAGUCACAAGAUCAUGACCACCGCUUUAUUUUACAGGUCAGCCUUGGACCAGAUAAAAUGGUAAUAGACCUCACAGAUCCAGAUCGGCCCCGGUUCACAUUACAAGAGCUGCGAGAAGUACUGCAAGAGCGUAACCAGCUGAAAGCUCAGCUUCUUGUGGUGCAAGAGGAGCUACAGUGCUAUAAGAGUGGGAUCAUCUCACAGAGGAAGGACCAAACUGAGAAACUGGAAACAGAAUCCAACGGCAACAGCCCUGGCACCAGUAAGGACAGUGAAGACAAGACUAUCAUCAAACGGCUGUUCUCUUUUAAACAUGGAAAAUGAACAUGAAUGAGAACUUAACCACUUCUGCUCAGAAAUGGCACUGUUUAAAGCGUCUAAAGGAGCUGAGAGAAGCCAAGCAUUGGAAGCAUCACUCCCACUGUAGAGAAUAAGCAGUCUCGUAAAAAUUGUUUUUGUAUGGUAUUCUUUCAGAAUAGAUUCUACUUUGCUUCUUUAGAAACUGUUUUAAGACGUUCAUGCUUUUUUCAUUUGUUAGAUUCCUGCCAGACAUUCCCCAAAUGCAGAGAAUAAAUCUUUAUACAAAGUU